GAUGUAGCAAGGUCUAAGCAUAAACUUAGUACGUGUGAGAAGCCAAAAAGAGCAUUUUACUGUCCCUGUGGUAAAGGAAGGCAUGCAGCUGUAGUGUCAUGGCUUAAAACUAAACAUCGCUAUGUUUUUCAUUGUACUAUUGACCACGAGCCCCAAAAAAUGCCUGACUGCUUGAAUUGGCUAGAUCAGACAAGUAAAAGAAAACGACAGGAUGAUGAGUUACAACAUUUACCUGAUGUUCUGGAGUCAAAUAUUGCAUAUCAAGUUCUUGUGGAAAGCACAGAGGAGAUUAAGGAAUAUUUUUCUGAUGAUUUUUCUGAAAUUGCAAGCAAGCUGCUUCAGAUGAAUCUGAUCAAUGAAAGAGAGAGGAGUGCUAUAACUGAUACAAAUACUGGGCAGAAUAAGUAUCAGCGAAUGGAAGAAUUAAUGGAACGUGUUAAAGUUGCACUUAAAAUUAAUAAGGAACCUGCUUUUUUAUUGUUCUUAAAUAUCUUAAGUGAGAAAGGUACUCAACCUGCUAUUGAAUUUGCUCGAAAACUCAUGGAAAGAUAUAAAGAUAAACUUUCUGAUGCUCAUCUGGAGUCAUUGUCAAAAAGAGUCAAACAGUAUGAAAAUUAGAUGUUUUAAUUUUUAAUGCUGUAAAAUUCCCCAAUUUCUUUUAUUUAUUAUUAUUAUUACUUUUAAAGUCAAACUUUAAUUUUGGGAGUACUGUAAA